AUGACUUAUGCAGCUAUAGACUCGACGACUAGGCAAGUUAGCCAGAUCCAAUACUGCGUUGACUUUGAUAAUGUCGUAAAACUCAAAUGUGUUUUGGGUCUUUGUGUUGCUGCGCUCCUUGCAAUCAAAGUGACCCUCGUAAGCAUCUACUGGCAGCGCAACAGCGGCCCGCACCAUGGAUUCGAUGGCCGCGUGAGUGACUGGGGAAAUGGCGCUGCUGACAGCGCGAGGAGAGUGAGCGAGUGUCGGUCGAUGUUCGAAAUGAACAGCGACGAGAAGAGGAUUUCUCGCGACACCAACCACUACGAGGACCUCGGUGUCGCGUUGCCCUUUCACCCUCGCCAUCGUGGGGCCUCACAGUCUCCUUCAGGGACGCCGGGACCGAGGGCUCUUGGCGCGGAGGACCCGGAUCCCCGUGCAUCCUCGACAGGAGGAAGGCUCCUCUACCUUCCGUGCCAGCUGCAGGAGUACGGGCCCGAGCUCACCCUUGACUGCAUGAGGGCAAGGCUUGGCCGGGGCAGGAAGCUGUGGAUCUUGUUUGCCGGAGAUUCGAAGAUUCGGAAUACCUUCCUGUCAUUCCUCAACCUCACCAGAGUCAUGGAAUACAACGUCUCGUUCCUGAACACUUCAGGCAGCCUCGGUGACCUUACGGGUUUGCUAAACAAAAGAUAUGACCUGGAUACUGUGUCCACGGUUAUACCUAACCUGAGGUUCUGCACAUUUCUAGUGAGAAACUUCUCAUCCUUUGAAUACAAUUCGAAUGUUCUUCUACUGAAGAGGAUGGCGGACGGCGUCGACCCUGUUCCCGACCUCUUGGUGACUGGUUACUCCACCUGGACUCUGGCAAUGACAGAAUGGGGGUCCAGCGUACCCCGCCUGUUCGUCAUGGACCGCGUGAGGGAGGGCGUGCGCCGGCUGGCCUUGUUGUUCCAUCGCCUAUCGCUGCGGACACGCGUCCUCGUGCUGUCGGAGAGCAGAGUGAAACCGUUCGCGGGGCAUUUCGCUCCUGUGCUCGCCGCUGUCUUCUCCGAUAGCAAUAUUGAGUGGAUAAACAUGAUGUUCUUUCACUACCUUCGGGAGGUGGAAGGGUCCGAAGAUCGAGAAGGACGGUCUUCCUUGGGAGCUCGGGCUAAGAGGGACUGGCUCAAGGCCGACUCGAAGGGCCUCUGGUGGUGGGACUCGCUCCUGCCUCAUGGUCUGGCCGUGAGGGCUCUGUGCGCGGAGCUGCACGCCGACAAUCUCACUCUCACGUCGCAAUACGGCCGCUUGCGGUGCAACGACACCAACCACGUCGGCGAAACAACACUACAAGUGAGGGCGACUACGUUGCUCAAUCUUGUGUGCAACACAGCUGUCACUCUGCAAGCUGACAAUGUUUGUUGCUAGUAGAUGUUUAGCACACCUUACUUGCGUGUCAUCGGAUACGCUUUCAGAACAAACACGUCACCAAGA